UGGGCAAAAGAUGCGCACUCCGCUGCCGCGCCUCUCCCGCCCGCUUUCCGUUCUUGAGCAACCGGGCAGGAAAAGGGCUGCCGCUCUCACUGCAUAAAUACUAGAGCCCCGACCGAGCGGACAGCCUGCUGCGCGGCGUUGACCCGUCCAAAAGCACAGCAUGUUUGGAAAUCCCACCAGGACGAGGCAGCCGAACUAUGAGGGAAAAGAAUACGAAGCAGGAAAGUUUGCUACUAUUGAGCACAAUGGAGAAACAUUUGAUGCUGCCUGUCUUGAAGCUGUGGCAAAACUAUAUAAAUACUUUGAAGGAAGCAACAACCAAGGGGCUAAGAUGAGUGUGGUAGAUCCAGUGUGUAUCACUGCAUUGCUUGCGGAUGAUGGGUCACUGCAGCUGAAGGUGAAAGUCUCGCUACAGAUUCCAAGCCAGUUCCAGGCCAGUCCUCCUUCACCCGCUGAUAAGAGCAUCCAGAUUGAACAGAGAGGGGAAACGGCUGUUUUCUUCAUGACAUUUCACGGCAAUGCCAAAGGAGAGAACUAUAAGAAUUAUGCAGCUCAGCUGAGAUCUGCAGUAGGAACUGAGAAAGCUGACCACAAAGAGCUAUAUAUUUUCAGCAGCUAUGAUCCCCAAAACAAAUCCUUCGGGAAUCGCCAUGAGGUUUCACUGCAGAAGAAGUGAGCAGUCCAAAAACAAGAAAGAUACCCCAAUUGGGGAAGGUGGAAGAAGGAGGAAAAUAUCCACAGGUGCUAUAGAAAGCUGAUGUGUGUUUUGAAAUUUACCCAGCAUGUUUUGAGCAUAUUGCUUUUUAUCAAAGGUUGUUCCAGCUUUGCUGCUUUCUUUCAUAAGCCAUGAGUUGCAUUUCUUGGGCUGUUUCCCAUCCAAAACAGAAUAGCAGAAGUAAAAUACCAUUAAUAAAGAGAAAUGCACUCAAAAAGCAUUGGGUGAACCCAAAAAUAAAUACCGUAAAUCAGUGGAGGGUUUUUUCUGACACCAAAACAAGUUUACCUCAUUGUUGAUAGGCUGUUCGCAUUCUACUAUCCCACCUUAGUUCAGAAUCUAAAUAAAAACU